GUUAGUUUAAUAAAAAACUUAUUAUAUAAUUAGAUGGACCAACAUAUUUCUCUAAUGAUUCUAAGAAUCAUCCUAGUGAUGACAUGUGGCUACAAAAAGAAGUUGUAAUGCUUCUCAAAUAAUAUAUAGGGGAUAACAACUAAAACCCCAUAAUGUGUACAAUGGAGUAAUUAAAGACAAGAACCUACUCAACUACAGAAAUGGUUGUGCGUCCCAUUCUCGAGCAUAUGAACUACAUUGAUUACAUGACGAAGACUGGGUUUCUACGUGGGUACUCCGUGUGUACUUAAACUCGACUAUUGCCUCCCUCUCCAAAUACUAAACACAACAAGACAAAAAACAACUUUUUGCAACUCGUUUUGGCUGUGCUUGUUUGUGUGUAAACCGUGGAACUGGACACUAAUUGAGAUUCUUGGUCAAAUACCCCCAAAAAAGGGGAAAAUAAGGGAUCCGGUUUAGACGGUGCUUAAACCGUCACGAAUGACGUAUUUGCACACAAAAAGGCAAAGAAAGUCUUUGUAGUUUCCUCACCUCCCCCACGUGGUUAAUUGCAGACGACAUCUGGAGUUUUGACCGAGUUUUCGUGGGGGUUGUGUUUCACUUUUCACUGUUUUCCUCUUAAGCUUUUGACUGUAUAGUCCACAGUAAUAUUAUUUUUUUGUCAACUAGCCUAGAGUAAAUAAUCAAGGAAACAAAUUAAUUACUUUUAUUUUACUCUGAAAAAAUACCAAAUAGAUGAAAACUCUUUUCCUCCUAUUUUCUUUAUUUAUUUAUUUUGGCUAAAAUCUGGAUCCUAUUUUCUUUAGUCACUGUUAAAAGAUGAUAAAAUACAUAAAUAAAUUUAUUCUAACUCAAACAAGAGUACUCUCCUUUCUUCUCUCUCAUUUAUUCUUUUCCUCUCAUUUUCACCCUUUUGUUUUGUUCUUUGUUUUCUUCCCAUUAACUCCAUAUUUUUCCAUUCACACUCUGUUCUUUCGAUGCAUGCUUUUCUGAGAUGCAUGAAUUAUUGACAAAAUUACAAAACCCACAUACAGUAUCUUUUAUAUAAAAAACAAUAAUAAAUUACAUAAUUAAUUAAAUAAAUUUUGUCUAGUUUAGGUCUUCGCUUACAGAAAUGACAAUAAUAUAGUAUGAAACAAAAGGUUAAAUUUUUAAUAAUGUUGAAUCCACUUUGAAAAUUGAACAUGAAAAGAAUAAAUAUAUAAGUGUCUGGUAAUUCUUCAGUCUUAACUUAGCUUUUGAAAAUAAGUUAGUUCUACUAAAACUUUUAAAUUUCUCAAUUAUAGACUUAUAGUCCAUAAAAAUAAAUAUAUAAAUGUGUUGUAAUUUUUUUAAAGUGAGUUAGAUCUAUUAAAUAAAUAACGUUCGAAGUUACAAAUAAUUUACAAACAAGAAAACAACACACACAAACACCCAAAAAAGUUACAACUUGAAACCAGUUUCCACCACACGUCAAAAUCAAAUUGACAACACUAUUCUGAAACGGGUCAUACUUUGACCCGUUGAAUUCUUCUUUUUGAACAAAAAAAAUAUCUUAUCUUAUUUAAGUUUUACCGGUCAACCUAAAUUAUAAUAAUAUUUUAUCCAUUUUGACUUUCCAACUUCAACGUAUAAAUAGCCACCGUGUCCUCCAGAUUCAAACACAAACACACAACACAACAAUGGAUUACAUCGACAACACCGUCGAAACUCAAUCAAAGUACAAAGGCAUCCGUCGCCGGAAAUGGGGGAAAUGGGUAUCGGAGAUUCGAGUUCCGGGAACUCGCGACCGUCUCUGGUUAGGCUCAUUCUCCACGGCGGAAGGCGCAGCCGUAGCGCACGACGUGGCUUUCUACUGUUUACACCAACCAAACUCGCUCGAAUCUCUCAACUUCCCUCACUUGCUUCCUCCUUCCAUAGUUUCCAAGACUUCGCCGAGGUCUAUCCAGCAAGCUGCUUCUAAUGCCGGAAUGGCCGUUGACGCCGGAAUCGUUAACAGCUGUGAUCACGCGUCAGGGAACUCUGGGAAUGGAGAUACAACGACGGCGUAUUGUGAGAAUGGAGCUACUCAAAAGAAGCAGUGAUGGAGCCUGGUGUGUAAGCAAGCAAAACGUUGUGAAUAUAUAUACGGUUAUGUUUCGCUGUUGGCCCAAUGCAAGAAACUUUUGUAGUACGAAUAUAUAUAUUUUUAUUUUGAAUGCCUUCAAGAGGAUUAUAAUGCGAGUGAAGCUUUGUUUCAGACAAUAA